AUGUUAUAUCAUAUUUCUUUACAUGCGACAAAUACCGGAGAUAUCCUUUGUGAAUUGUACGAACCGUCAAUUUGCAAGGAAUUUCGUGCUGAGAUUCGUAACUUUACUCUACAACUUAUUCAAAAUCCGCUGUCAUUUACAACUUGUGGUUUCUUUUAUCUCGAUUAUACAUUGAUACAUGGUGCAAUUGGUUUGAUUAUUACUUAUAUCGUUAUUCUUAUUCAAAUUGGAGAUAAACCUAAAAUAUUGUCUAACAAUAUGUAUUCUAAUUCAACGUCGAUGAUAUGA